CAAGAGCGAGGGGGCUGGGCUCCCUCGGGUGGCAGGAGGCCGCGGCUGCGAGCGGCCGCCCUCGAUCUGGGCGAUGGAGGAGGAAGCAGGCGAGGCGGCCGGUUCCUGAGCGUCGUAAUUCCUGUGUCGCCUUCUGGGCUCCCUGCCUGUUGGGUCGCAUGAUCCUUCCAGCCGCUGCUUUUUUUGCCAGCCACCGCGAGGCCGGCUGAGUUACCGGCAUCCCGGCUGCCACCUUCUCUUCCUGACCUGUGAUACAAAAGAUCUUCCGGGGGCUGCACCUGCCUGCCGUCGCCUGAGAGGGAUUUGAAUCUCUUUCUCUCCCUUCAGAACCUUAUCUUGGCUUUGGAUCUCCGAAGAGAACCACUGAGCAGAGACCAGACUCUGUGAGUGAGCAGGUGUUUUGGACAAUGGACUGGUGGAGCCCAUCCCUAUUAUAAAAAUGUCUCAGAGCAACCGGGAGCUGGUGGUUGACUUUCUCUCCUACAAGCUUUCCCAGAAAGGAUACAACUGGAGUCAGUUUAGUGACGUGGAAGAGAACAGAACUGAGGCCCCAGAAGGGACUGAAUCAGAGAUGGAGACCCCCAGUGCCAUCAAUGGCAACCCAUCCUGGCACCUGGCGGACAGCCCCACGGGGAAUGGAGCCACUGGCCACAGCAGCAGCUUGGAUGCCCGGGAAGUGAUCCCCAUGGCAGCAGUGAAGCAAGCGCUGAGGGAGGCAGGCGAUGAGUUUGAACUGAGGUACCGGCGGGCAUUCAGCGACCUGACAUCCCAGCUCCACAUCACCCCAGGGACAGCAUAUCAGAGCUUUGAGCAGGUAGUGAAUGAACUCUUCCGGGAUGGGGUGAACUGGGGUCGCAUUGUGGCCUUUUUCUCCUUCGGUGGGGCACUGUGCGUGGAAAGCGUAGACAAGGAGAUGCAGGUAUUGGUGAGUCGGAUCGCAACCUGGAUGGCCACUUACCUGAAUGACCACCUAGAGCCUUGGAUCCAAGAGAACGGCGGCUGGGACACCUUUGUGGAACUCUACGGGAACAACGCGGCAGCCGAAAGCCGGAAGGGCCAGGAGCGCUUCAACCGCUGGUUCCUGACGGGCAUGACUGUGGCUGGUGUGGUUCUGCUGGGCUCACUCUUCAGUCGGAAGUGACCAGACACUGACCACCCACUCACCCUCCCACCCCCAUCCUGACGCCACCAUAUCCCUCCAUCUAGCCACCAUUGCCACCAGGAGAACCACUACAUGCAGCCCAUGGCCACCUACCCAUCACAGGGUUGGGCCUAGACCUGGUCCCCUGCAAUUAGUUUUCUAGAAUCUACCAUGCUUCUGUGAGAGCCACCUUCCCCCACACCUCAGUUCUCCUGACCUCAGAUCCCACAGUUUCCCACAAAAUCUGCCCCGUGGAAGCUGGCAGGUGUGGGGGGUUUGUGGCUGGGGGCUGGAGGGCCCUGCCUGAUUGGUGGACCCCCUUACCCCUUAGCCUCCUGAGAAUGCUUUCCUGCCAGGGAGCUGGACAGUUUUCUGACGCUUUUCCCCAGAAAGACUAGAUUGCCUUUGUUUUGAUGUUUGUGGCCUCAGAAUUGAUCAUUUCCUAUCUAGCCCCAGGACCUGGGCUUCCCUUCCUUUCAUCUCCACCCUCCAAGAGCCACUUAGGGGCAACUUCUGACUAAUUAGGGAUUCAGGCUGCUUGGGAUAAAGAAACAAGGACCAGGACCCCUUCCCCACCUCUGGCCUGGCCAAAGUCCCUGCCCCCAGUCCCAGUGUCCUCCAGAGGCCUCUGGCUAGAGGCCAGCCCUACCCGGCAGGGAGUGGGCUGUAGCUGCAGGAAGCACCCCAUGCCAAAGCUAGGGUGGCCCUUGCAGUUUAGCACCACCCCAGUUCCCUCCCCCUCCUUCUCCCCUGGCUCCCAUGACCACGACUGAGGGACCAACGGGGCCCAAGACAGGUGCCCCAGAGCUGUUAGGGCCUCAGCUGCCUCACUUCCGGCAAGGAGAUCAAGCCUGUGGCACCUUUACCUUGGGCUGCUGCCUAUGGGGUCCAGGGGUUCAGGGACCUUGGCCAGAGGUGAAGGGGAGCUACAGGGAGCAACUGUGGGAGCCCUAGGGUCUUCCCUACCUCAGGCAGGAAGGGCAGGAAGGAGAGCCUGGUGCACGGGGUGGAGGUGGGGCUGGCUAGAGAGGCCAGUCCUGCCUGGCCACACAGAUUCGUGCCCUACCCCUGUUUAGCCUGGGCAGCCGGGCUGCCAAGGUCAGAGUAGCCUGGCCAGGAGCUCUUCAGGCCUCCCUGUCUCCUCUGCUCCACCCAUGGCCUGUCUCAUCCCUGGGGUCCCAGCCUAGCACUGGCCACCCCGGGCUCUCUGCUGUACAUAUUCGAGACUAGUUUUUAUUCCUUGUGAAGAUGAUAUACUAUUUUUGUUAAGCGUGUCUGUAUUUAUGUGUGAGGAGCUGCUGGCUUGCUGUGCGUGUGCACGUGGAGAGCUGGUGCCCGGAGAUUGAACAGCCUGAUGCUCCCUCCCCUGCCCUGGUCCGGGGAAGCCAGCCGGGGGUCCUGGCUCCUGAGGGACACCUGUCCCUCCCCCAAUCCCCACCCCACACUUGUUCCAGCUCUUUGAAAUAGUCUGUGUGAAGGUGAAAGUGCAGUUCAGUAAUAAACUGUGUUGAUUCAGUGAA